AUGCCUCAACUCCUGCAAGGCAUUGUCUCUGUCAUCAAUGUUUUCUACCAAUAUGCCACUGAACAUGGGGAAUGUGACAUGUUGAGCAAAAAAGAGAUGAAAGAACUUCUGCAAAAUGAGCUUCACCAAAUUCUGAAGAAUCCAGAUGAUCCAGACACUGUAGAUAUCAUCAUGCUAAGUCUGGAUCACGAUCAUAAUAACAAAGUGGAUUUUAUUGAGUAUCUUCUGAUGGUAGUCAAGUUGGUUCAGGCUUGUAAUAAAAUUAUUGGCAAAGAUUACUGCCAAGCUUCAGGGUCAAAGCAGAAAGAUCAAAGUCACCAACACCAAGAGGAACAGAGUGAAAACGAAAACAAAGAGCAAGAUAUAUCUUCAAGUUAUUCAAGUUCUAGUGCAGGAGAGAAUGACUCUUAUUCCAUUGGCUCGAGAGAAAGCAAUAAAUAUGAGUCUAAGUCUGCUUCAAGAAAACCAAGGUAUGGGAAUCAGGAAAGUACUGAAGAAAUAAGAAAGUCAAGGCAUUUCAAAUAUACUGAAGAAUAUGAACAGGGUCAGCAUGGACCAGAAUCAACCCAUUCAUCUAAACACAAGAGAGGGAGAUGUAGAUCAAGGAAAGCUUCUGACUUCCAAAAACAUGGCUCUGCAUCAAGACGGUCUUCUACUUCAAGUACACAAGGAUCUGGUCAGUCUUCUGGUAUUGAAAAAUAUGGCGCAUCAUCACAACAAUCAUCAGCCUGUGGAUCAGGACAGUCCACUAAUUAUGGACAACAAGGAUCAUCAGGAACAUGUCAAUAUGGGUCUGGCUCAAGAGGAGCUUCUGGCUUCAGUCAACAUGGAUCUGGGCAAAGCCAGUCUUCUUGUGGCGGGCAGCAUGGUUCUUUCUCUGGACAGUCAGCAGGCUCUAGUCAACAUGGAUCUUGUUGUGGUCAGUCCUCUAGCUAUGGUCAGCAGGAAUCUCGCUCAGUUCAACAUCAGGACAGUCAUACUGUGGGAGUCAGUGUGGAUCUAAUUCAAAUCAGUCUUCCAGCUACUGUCAACAAGGAUCUGGUUCAAGUCAGUCUUCUAACUAUGGCCAACAUGGAUGUUCUGCAAGUCAUCACUCCAACCAGAGCCAACAUGGUAUUGGUUGUAGUCAGGGUUUUAUCUCUGAACAAUAUGGGUCUGGUUUCUAUCCCUCUUCUGUCUCUGGACAAAAUUGUCCCAGAUCUGGUCUGUGUCCUAGUUCACAACAAUAUGAGUCUGGUUCAUGUCACUCAUUUAGCUCUGGAUCAUGUAUUUCUGGAUAUGGUCAAUAUUCUAGUUACGUGCAACCUCAAUCAAACAGGAAAUAUGGAAAUCUGUGGGAAUCCCCACAUAGCCCCUCAAUUUGUAAUGAAAUCCAAUCAAAAAGUAUGCAUAGAAAAGAAGAAACUUCCUCAGGUUGUAACUUUGGACAAUUUACACCUUCACGUAGAUUCAAUAGAUCUAGUGUUACUGGUAAAUUAUCACUUUGUAAUGUGGACAAUAGACAAGGCGACUCUGACUAUCACAGAGUCAGAGAAGGCAACUCUGAAGUAA